UAUAUGCCUGGAGGCCAUAGAUUUCCAAGCCUUUAGAAACCAUAGCAUGUCUUCAAGUAUGCUGAUUCCUUUAGUUGCCGUUAUUUGCAUCGGCUUUCUCUUACUGUGUUACUUCAGACUGCUUGAUCAAAUUUGCUUCUCACCUAAUAGAGUAGGCGUCGUCUCCAGACAACACUUGGACGACGCCAAUGCUGAUGUUUCGCCCCAGUUUCACAGCUAUGGGCUAGAAUCCUCAAUCAUACAAUCUCUUCCGAUAGCUCAGUUCAAGAAGAAGAAUGAAGCAGAAGAAGGUGAAAUCAAAAACGAUUUCAGUUGUGCAAUUUGCCUUGGUGAAUUUGAAGAAGGUGAAUGGUUAAGGCAUCUACCAAUUUGUGCUCAUGCCUUCCACAUUGGGUGUAUUGAUACAUGGCUCCAGGCUCACUCCAAUUGCCCUCUCUGUAGAUCAUGUGUUCAUCACUUAGGUAUUCACCAGGAAUAUUCUGUUUAUAUGUCAUCUUUAUUGGAGACUCUUACAAGGGAAGACUUUUUCCAGGAGAGAGCAACACAUUACCAGAACCUACGUACUCAAAUCUUGAGGUCAGCAGCACUCGUACAUGAUUGAUUCGUCUGUAAUAAAAUAACUUGGAAUGUGAUCAUAAUAGGAUAUAAUGAAUAAAUCCCAAGUUUCAUACAACACAGUUUAUAACACACAUCUUAAAAUUUCGAUAUUGAUCAUUGCAGAACUCCAAUCUCACGAAAACAUCGCCAUACAACAUUGUUUUGUAAUCUUCUCAUUUUCACAACUCCCCCUCAAUCAAAGCCCAAUUCUGGCUGCUUGUUUGCUACCCCUUUUUCCUACGCCAACAAAAUGACUAUAAUAUAACAGACGGCAUUAUGGGUCUUGAAAAAGGUCGUCAUGCCAAUCCAUCAUUACAAAAGAAAAUCUGCGGAGCAAUAGGAAUAUAGGAUACUGGCAUGACUCAUAUAACUAACAGAUAAAAUGAUGUUCUCAAACAUGUAAAACCAUCACACAAGAAAAAGAAUCUACGGGAUUAAACUUCAUGCCAACACCGUCCCAAUAUCAGAGUAAUAAAGAUGCGAAAUAAACAGCCUGCAGCGGCAAAAGAUUACAGCUUCCAACUAAGUUUCCAAAUUCCCUGGCUUAAGUUCCAAAAAAACUCUCAUUAUAGAUAAC